GAUGGCGUCCGGAGGAAAUCGAGACUAUAAAUCGGUUUCAGUGUUUACUCCACUUGCACCUAGUCACACACAAUCAGAGAAUGUAAGAAGUGGCAAUAAUUGUGUGCACCUCUGAAAUUGAAUAGGCAGUGAUUUUGGAUACUAUUUAUGUUGGAGCAGGUGGAGAUGUUAUAUGAAAAAAGAAAUAAAAUAACUUUGCCUACGCCUACGCAUACUCAUACACUACUACCGAACUGACCUACUCAUACUCACUGACCAAGUUUCUGACUAAGUAGACAGCAAGCAGACUCAGUUCAGUGUUGAGUUCAGGUUCUGCACUGCUGACCACUGACUCAAUGAACUCAACAAUGACUGCGAAGCCAGUCUGCCAGUAGUAGUACGCUAGCCCUAGUUAGUUAUUUAUUAUUAUGCCUUUAUUAUGUAUGCCUUUAUUAUGUAUGCCUUAAACUUAAAGCGAUUGCCUUUAAAGUUUAUUAUUAUUAUUAGUAUUAUUAAUAUUAUGAUUAUGAUAAUAUGAGCACAAUAUUAAUAUGAGCACCUAGGCCUAGUUUGUGUCGAGUUAGAGGCCUAUGCCUAGUGUCCUUUGCCUUUAUUAUUUAUCCAUGUUAUUCCCAUACAAUUUUCAAUAACAACCAGAAUGUUUCUCCAUUAUCUUAAGUUUGAAAGUCAUUGCUGUGUCACAGUGAGUGUGAUCCUAGUCAUACUCAUAGUUAUCAUAGUAGUCAUAGUCAUAGCAUGAUUUCCCCCUACCCCCAAAUGCUCCAAUUUUUCUAUCCCUCUUUCUCUGAGUGAGCUUCUAUAGCCUAGGUGUUAAAAAUUUUAAGUUUAAAGGUGAAAUAAUCCAAUAAAUAUACUUUUUAUAAAUUUUAUGACUGUUUAAAAAAUAGUAAUUUAAAACAAAAACUAACACAAAUGCUUUUAGUUUUGACUUUGGAAUGAGUGUAGUGUUAGUAGUUUGUUUAGCAUUUUUUAGGCCUAGGUCUAGAUCUAUACUAUAAAUAUGUAUUGAAUUUAUUCUGUUUCUGAUUUAAUGAAAAUAAAGUCUUGUGUAAGAAAUGCUGUUAGUAGUAGUGUUAUUUAUGUUGUAAAUGACUCAGUCAAAAAUAUUACAAAUACAUAAUUAACUACUGAAAUUUUACUUAUUUUCUUCAGACAAUUUUAGAAUGCAGAGUGUGCAAUGAGGUUUUUAGAUUUCAAGGCGAUAAGGUACCAAGGUUGUUAAUCUGUGGCCAUACAUGCUGCCAUCAGUGUCUAACAAGGCUACAGCUACAUGGGAGGUCAGUUUUGUGUCCAUUUGACAGACAACCAACAGAGAUUGGUGACUCUGGUGUUUGGGGUCUCAAGAAAAAUUUUGCUUUGUUGGAGCUGCUAGAGAAACUACAGUAUCCACCGCUGAGUCCUUCUCGGUCAUUGCCAGAUCAAAUUCUUGCUAGGGAACAAAGUGUAAGUAAUCUGUCUAUCAAAGAUUCACUAUUUUAUUUAUUCAGUUGAUAUGAGUGAAACAUGAACAUAACAUGAUGACAAGUUGAAGAAGAAACAGAGUUUUAAAGUGAAAUUUUGAAAGUUGAAGUCUUCUAUUGUCUUAUCAAAGAUUUAACAAGUAAUCUAUGGCUCAGCACCCUUUAGCAAUGGUCUAAGAAGGUGGGUCUGGAGGUUGCUGUACCUUUAUUCUUUAUGUUGAAGGGUUGCAUUUUUUACCAAAUGCAGCAUCUUCUUUGUGGAAGGGAGGUGGCAAAAAGUUUGGUGUGUCCCUAGCGACAGCUAGUGUAAAAUAUAAAAAAAAAAAAAAUUGUACAAAACUAAAUACAAAAGUAGCUCUUACUGUUACUGCUUGGAAGUUAAGAAGGUUGUAAUUCAUCUUUUUAAUAUAUUAUAGAAUAGAUGGCCUCUUUGAUUUAUUCCAGCUUUCAAUUAGCUGUGAUGAAAAUGAACUUCAUACAGCCGUGCUCUUCUGCACCGUAUGCAGUACUCAUUUGUGUGUUGAAUGCUCAGAAAUUACUCACUCAACACGUACAUUAGCCCGUCACAAACGGGUGCCCAUCUCUGAGAAGCCAAGAGAAAAUCCUAAAUGUGUGUACCAUCCCAUGCAUCUGGUGGAGUUUGCUUGCCUAGAAGAUGAAUGCAAGUUGUCUCCCCUUAUGUGUUAUAUCUGCAAAGACUAUGGCCGACAUACCAAGCACAAGGUGGGUUGUUGAAGCUGUCAGUGUCCAAUGAAAUUUUAUCACAGAAAUAAAAGCAGCUUUGUGAAAUGUCAUUUUAAAACUGAUUUAAAACAAAAAAAAAUGGUGGUGAAAUUUUAAAUGCUCCUGCUACUUUCAUUUGUGUGUAAUUCAUCACCCUCUUAAGAGAGACUGACAUAGAGUUUAGAUGACAUAACAUUAAUGAAAAUAUUACAUUAUUUAUAUGCUUUAUAAAUUAAAAUCAUGCUGUUUCAUAUUUUAAAACUACAUUACAAUAAAGAAUAGAAGUGAGGCUUUGAAUUUAUAUGUAAAUUGAUCUCUGAAAAUCUUUGAUGAAGUAUUAGCGCUGGAAUAUAAGUAGUUUGACUCAAGUUUCCCUAACAAUAAAUGCUGUUAUUUCUUCACAUGCAGCAUGCUCUGUUAGAGUCAGAAGCGGAGAAUGUUCGCUCCUCUAUAAGAAGUGCUGUUCAGCACAUCAAGUCUUUUGCUGAGGAGGUAACAGACUCUGCCAGGAAACUAAGUGUGGUCAUCCAGCAAAUAGAAGGAGGUGUGCAGAUGGUACACAGUGAAGAGGACACGGCAACCCAGCAGGUUAACAAUGUGCUGGAAGAUAGGAUAUUGUCAAAUUCGUGUUGUGUUAAAACACACCUGUUGCAUUACAGGACAAUAGCUUGAAUUCAAAUGCUAGGUAUUAGUGGAUAGAUCAGAAAAAUAAAACAACUAAGAAUGUUUAAACUCAUGAGUGUUCAUUGACGACUCAAAACAUGGGGUACACUAGUUAAUAAGCAACAUAGUUUGGUUAUAACACAGAAAAAAAAGCCACAGCUGGAGCUAUUUCUUACUCUAAAUUUUAAAAAAGCCAACAAAAUUUUUUAAAUAACUUCAUUGUACACGAUAAAAUUAAUAUGCAAUAGCAGUUGACACAUAACCAUCAAUUAUGAUGGUUUUCCCCAUCAUUCUGGUCUGAACUCACCCUCUACUUCCAUCUCUUAUUUAAAACUAAGUGAAGUCAAGUGAAAAUGGCAAUAAUAAAAUAAUGGCUAAAAAGUUUAUUUAAAUUUUAUUAAUUAAUCACUACACAUUAUUUUUUAAAAUGAAUUGUAAAUGAUAAAUGCAUGUCUCUCAGUUUUAUUUGUCUGAGAUUACUUGAGCUUGUUUAGCAUUCCUCUCAGACUCUCUUAAAAUUUCUAGACAAAUUUGAUCAUUGACUCAAUCACCUAUUUUGUCUCAUACAAAACAAAGGAAAUUAAAACAAUGGAUUUAAUCUUCAAACCUGUUCUUAGUUUGCGGAAAAAUAAAGUUCUAAUGCAGAUGAUCUGCUGUUGAACAGUUCAAAUAUUUAAUAGUUUUAAAAGCAAAUUAUGUUUUAUAUUAUUUAAUUUCAUUUUUUAUUAACAUUGAAAUAUAGGUCAUUGGAACGGCUGAACAGGCGCGGCUGAAAAUAAAAACAUAUUUCAACGAGCUUAGGGAAAACUUAAACAGACAAGAAAUGGCUGCCCUAGGGGCAGUGGACACGCAUAUCCGGGAGAAGCUGUGCUCCCUGCGGCAGCAGCAGGAGGAUAUGGCCAUCUUGAUGUCACAGAUAUCCUCUGUGUGCCACCAGUGUGAGACUACCCUACAACAGGUACAAACAAAAGUAAUCAUUGAAAACAUUUUCUUGCAUGAUCUGUUGUUAGCAGUGUCAAAAUAUAUUCUUCUGUGUUAUGCAACAAUAGAUUAGGCUUUUUGUAGACUUGGAUUGAUAGUUUUAGAAUUGUUACUUGUGAAUAAUUGCUGUUUUAAUUCAUUUGAUAACAAUUGAUGAUCUAGUUCAGUUUCUGUUACUGCAAGCUGUCCACAUAUUCUCUGACUACAGGAUGACACACGCAUAUUGCUGGCCAAACCAGAAGUGAGUCAUCUGCUGGACACAUUACAGAAACAACAGCAGCAAUUCAUGGACCUCCCUGACCAGUUAGCCCUUGAGCCCACCAUACCAAUUACUUUCACCAAGGUAAGCACAUUUAGGCCUAUUAGUUUCAUUAUGUAUGUGGAAAAAGUUAAAGCACUAAGCGUUAUCUGAAAUAAAAUUAUGCCCAGCAUGACAUGGUCUCCAAAAAGUCAAUAGAGCAUUGGAGAUUUGUUUUCAAAAUUAAGGUUACUGAAAAUUUGUGUUAAAGCUGAUUUUAUGUAGUUAUUGAGGUGAGAUGUUUAAAUUCACAGAAUUUUUAAACCUAUCAUUUCAAUAGUAAUUCCCUAAAGAAGAAAGUUAAAAUGUUUGCAUUUAAAUAAAUACCAAUUGUUAUUUGUUUUCAAUGGAAUAUUCCUUUCAUCUGUUGAAGAAAUAAUACAAUAAUGGCUGAUAAUAGCUGACAUGAUAAGCUAUGUCAAAUUAUUGCUGUCACAGUAUUUUAGUUUUUACAUUUUUGUUUUCUCCACAGGACAACCGAGUUCACAUAGGACCUAAAAUAGAGAUGCGUGUUGUGACACUAGGACUUGAUGGAGCUGGGAAGACCAGUAUACUCUUUAAAUUAAAGCAGAAUGAAUUUAUUCCAACUAUCCCAACCAUUGGUUUGUAGUGCUGCAUUUUUCAAACAAAGCCAAAAACAUCAAAUUGCUAAUGGUUUAUUCUGUUUACUUAAAACAGAUUUUAAAAAAAAAAUCCAUUUUAUCUUAAAAUGAUAUUCAUUAUAUUGUUUUUUUUUACAACUUUUGAAUAUGUUUUUAAAAACAAAAUUCAUUUAAUUUUUCAUUAUUCAUAUUCAUUAUAUCGUUUUAACUACUUAAAUUUUUUCAUAUUCAAAUAAGUUAUUUUAAAUGUAAUAAUUGAUAAGAUUUAUAUACCAAACUCUAGGCUUCAAUGUAGAAACUGUUGAGUAUAAAAACUUCAAAUUUACCAUCUGGGACGUUGGUGGACAACAUAAAAUCAGGCCACUCUGGAAACAUUAUUAUUUUAAUACUCAAGGUAUGUUGAUAUGUGUGAUAGCACAGCUAUUUUUAUAUAUUUUAGGCAGGGAAAUAUUCAGUGGGGCACUCAAGACAUGUACUUUUGUGUGGUAGCACACCUAUUUGGAUUUGCUUUAGGCAGGGAAAUGUUCAUUGGGGCACUCAAGGCAUGUACUAUUGUGUGGUAGCACACCUAUUUGGAUUUGCUUCAGGCCGGGAAAUGUUCAUUGGGGUGCACAUGUCGGGCGAUUGUUUUUCAUGUUAAAGAAGAGAAAUUUUUUGUAAUUAAUAAUAAAGAUAAUAUUGUAUUGGUUUGUCACCUUGUCAUAAUUUGUCAUCAUUAUUUUUCUGUUGUAGCUGUUAUAUUUGUGGUGGACAGUAGCAACAGAGAAAGAUUGGAAGAGGCUCAGGGAGAACUAGUCAAACUUGUUCAAGAGAAAGAACUGAAGGAAGCUUCACUGCUCAUUUUUGCCAAUAAACAGGUAACUAUUUAAAUAAACUGCACAAUAAUUUGGGUUUUGAGAUAUUGACAUUAAUAGAUAUUUCUCCAAACAUCCCCCAAACCUAAUUUUCCUCACCCUCGAAAUGUAAAAAAAACAUAAAAUUUAAUUUCCAAAUUGUUACAACACCUUUAAAAAAAAUUAAAAAUAUCUGAUUUUUGAGAUUUCCGAGAUUUAUUUGUAAUUAAAAUACUAUUUGAUAUGAUUUCCCAAAAAAUUAAAUAAAUAAUACCAGUCUUUUUUCAGAAUCCUAAUUAGAUGUAGGAAUUUAUUUUGACCUUGAACUCAAAUUUGCAGCUGUUUAGUGCAGCAACAGGGAAUUUUUUUAUUGUGGAUUAUUGAACUCAUAGUUACAUGGUGACAUUAGCUAGCUCUCAUUAUAUAUAUAUAUAUAUAUAUAUUUAGUUGACCUAUACAGCAAUGCUUUAAAAAGAUUAAAUACAACAUCUUGAUAAUGAAAGCCAGCUGCUUACAAAGUUAAAGUUUUAUCUUGGGAUCCAGGUGCUAAAUAACAAUGACCUUUAACCAGAGCCCAUUUAAAAGCCACCUAUGCCUUGCACCAAGUUUUGAUGUGAUGUGCAAAGUUGUGCACGCACAUUUUGUGUCAGUCUUGUCGCACCACUGAUUGGCAUGCUCUGUUAUUUACUAAAAAAUAUUUUUCUUUGAUGUGUAGAUUUGUGUCAUUCACUAUUUAUUUGUGUUGUUCCAGGAUGUUGAGGAGUGUGUCACCAUAGAAGAAUUAACUGAGCAGUUUGGACUGCUCAAACUGUGCUGCAACAGGAGCUGGCAUCUCCAAGCCUGUGAUGGUAAAAGUGGUCAAGGGUUGGCUGAUGGCCUGGAGUGGCUGUCAAGGCAGAUGGUUGCGGCUGGGGCCCCUGAGCUUGCUUAAGUAAAAAAAAAAAAUUGGCACUGUUAGUGUCUAGUCUAUUCUCAUCUACAGUCAGCUAGACAAGUUGGAGUAGCCUAAAAAAAUGGUCAUUGUCCAACUCAUCAAACACAUGUUUCAAUGUAUGCUUUAUAACUGAAUGUUCACAUUGUUGUUAACAGUUACUGACAAUCAAAUACUUCAAUUAAUCUUUUUAGUGUACUGUUGAAAAAUACCAUUUGUAUGAUAGAUAUCUAAACAUAAAAUACCAUUUGUGUGAUAACUAUCUGGAUAUUUAAAUGUUCCCAUUUUGCUUACAUUUACUUUUUGGGUGGCAUCCUGUUUAUUAAAGGAAUAAUUUUUUGCUUAAUUUUUUAUUAAAGGUAAAAAUAUUUUAACUUAUGCUCCACUGUAUAGUUUUUGGUACCCAACUUGUCACUUUGUGUAUAGCUUGUAUAAAUCUGUAAUAAACUUACACUGAAUGAUAUUAUAAAAGUUACCUAAUGGGAUAGGGUCUGCCCUGGUUGCAAAUAUUUCUUUGAUGUUCUAUUGCAGUUGUUCUAUUAUCUGUGCUGCUCAAAAUUAUUGUAUAUAAUAAUUAAUAAUAAUGUUGUUAAUUCUGUGUUGAUUCUCAAGUUUUUAUGCUGGGGAACUUUUUAGCAUUGAUUAUGGAAAUUAAAUGAAAAUAUUUUGUCUGAAAAGUGUUUAUGUGUCUGUAGAGUUGAAAUAGGAGUUUGUUAAUUGAAGCCAUAGUAAAGGAUAGUGAUUACCCGUUCUGAAACUUACCCCGAUGUGCAGUUCAAGAGCUGUACAUAAAUCGCUGUUGAUGACGCACUAGAGGGAAACAUUAGUUUGAGGGAUGUGAAAUACCUUGAGAAUUAAAUCAUAGCUCAUUUUUUGGCUUUAUUUUUAGGCCUUUUCAUGUUGUCAAUAUAUGUUUAUUGUUCAAAUUGUGGAUACUUAUUUAUAAAUGAUAUUCCAGGUAAUAACUUUCAUAGUUGACCCAUUUGACUCCUGAGUACUCUACUGUGCGAGGUGUACUGAAACAGGAAAUGUAUUGUCACAAGUUGAUGGUAUAUGCUUCCAGCCAUUCAUAUUUAUUGAUGUUGGCUGGGGUUACAUUUUCACUUAGUUACUUUCAGAAUUUUAAAAUUCUGACAUGAAAUAUUUAUGACAUAUUUAUGUCUUUAAUUCUAAAUGUUUUUUUUCACAAAGAUUGCUCGAAGGCUGUGCUAGAUUAAAAAAAAAAUGGAU